GCGAGAAGAUGGGUCUGACGAUGAACGUUUUGCUGUCCAUCAAUGUGUUCUUACUUCUGGUCUCGAAGAUUCUGCCGCCGACGUCGUUGUCGAUUCCUCUCGUCGCUAAAUAUCUCCUGCUCACUUUUGUGCUCAACAUCAUAACCAUUCUGAUCACUGUCGUCAUCUGUAACAUUUACUUCCGAUCUCCUAUCACGCAUCGCUUGCCGCCAUGGGUUCGAAGUGUCUUUUUGGAUUGGUUACCACUUCUGAUGUGCAUGCAGCGGCCAGGGCGUAAGGACGUCUUGCAUCAGAAGAAGAAGAAGUUGGAGACGAAAUCCAGCCAGCACCUGACAACACCGAAUCACCAUCCCCACUGCAAGGUCGCUGACACUGUUCGAGAUGGCGCUCCACUGAUUCGAAUAAGCCAUCCGUCUUGCGAAGAUCUUUCCCCUGAUGCUCAGCGAGCCGUUGAUGCUAUCGAAUUCAUCACAGAAAACAUGAAGGACGACGAAACCACGAAACAGUAUCGGGACGACUGGAAGUACAUAGCGAUGGUAGUGGAUCGUAUACUACUCUAUGGCUUCUUUGGAAUCACCCUAGGAGGGACAAUUGAUUCCAUCGCCGGGAUGAUGUCGGACGCUGAAGACCGUCUGAUGGUCGACCUCUUUCGCGGCUACAACUCCCUCGUACAGCCGGUUCGCAACAAAACCGAACUGCCGAUGAUCAUCAAAAUCGCCAUGCAGCUCGUUUUGCUCAUCAAUGUGGACGAGAAAGAGCAGGUGAUGCACACGAAUGUAUGGCUUACAUUGAGAUGGCAAGAUUUUCAAAUGCGAUGGGACCCAAAGGACUAUGACGGAAUAACCCAAAUACGCGUGGCGCCCGACAAAAUUUGGUUACCGGACAUUGUGCUAUUCAAUAAUGCUGACGGGAACUACGAAGUGUCCUUCAUGUGUAAUGCGCUUAUUCAUCAUUCGGGUGAAGUGCUUUGGGUACCACCGGCUAUCUAUAAAAGCAGCUGCAUCAUCGACGUCGAAUUUUUUCCCUUCGAUGAUCAGCGGUGCAGUCUGACAUUUGGCAGUUGGACGGUGAGCUUUGCAUUACUUCAUUCAAACAGUAGCAGCAAAUUGUCAGUUGCUGUGCUGAUUCUUCCGCUUUUUCAGAAGGGAAAAAUCAGCAGAGUAAAUUUCUUUGUAAAAGUUACAAUGAACUUAUCAGACAUGGCAUAA